AUGACUGCUGUCCACACAGGCAACAUAAACUUCAAAUGGGACCCCAAAAGUUUAGAGAUCAGGACUCUGGCAGUUGAAAGACUGCUGGAGCCUCUUGUUACUCAGGUUACAACCCUGGUGAACACCAAUAGUAAGGGGCCCUCUAAUAAGAAGAGAGGUCGUUCUAAGAAGGCCCAUGUUUUGGCUGCAUCUGUUGAACAAGCAACUGAGAACUUCUUGGAGAAGGGUGAUAAAAUUGCAAAAGAGAGUCAGUUUCUGAAGGAGGAGCUCGGGGCUGCUGUGGAAGAUGUUCGAAAACAAGGUGAUUUGAUGAAGAGUGCUGCGGGAGAGUUUGCAGAUGACCCCUGCUCUUCUGUGAAGCGUGGCAACAUGGUUCGGGCAGCCCGAGCUUUGCUAUCUGCUGUUACUCGGCUGCUGAUUUUGGCUGACAUGGCAGAUGUCUACAAAUUACUUGUUCAACUGAAAGUUGUGGAAGAUGGUAUCUUGAAACUGAGGAAUGCUGGCACUGAACAAGACUUAGGAAUACAGUAUAAAGCCCUGAAACCUGAAGUGGAUAAACUGAACAUUAUGGCAGCCAAAAGGCAACAGGAACUGAAGGAUGUGGGCCAUCGUGAUCAGAUGGCUGCAGCCAGAGGAAUCCUCCAGAAAAAUGUUCCUAUCCUCUAUACUGCAUCCCAGGCGUGCCUACAGCACCCAGAUGUUGCUGCCUAUAAGGCCAACAGGGACCUGAUAUACAAGCAGCUGCAGCAGGCGGUCACUGGCAUUUCUAAUGCAGCCCAGGCCACCGCAUCAGAUGAUGCCUCCCAGCACCAGGGUGGAGGAGGAGGAGAACUGGCGUAUGCACUCAAUAACUUUGAUAAACAAAUCAUUGUGGACCCCUUGAGCUUCAGUGAGGAGCGCUUUAGGCCUUCUCUGGAGGAGCGUCUGGAAAGCAUCAUCAGUGGUGCUGCCCUGAUGGCCGACUCGUCCUGCACACGUGAUGACCGGCGUGAGCGCAUUGUGGCAGAGUGCAAUGCUGUACGCCAGGCCCUGCAGGACCUCCUGUCGGAAUACAUGGGCAAUGCUGGACGUAAAGAAAGAAGUGAUGCACUCAAUUCUGCAAUAGAUAAAAUGACCAAGAAAACCAGAGACUUGCGUAGACAGCUCCGCAAGGCUGUCAUGGACCACGUUUCAGAUUCUUUCCUGGAAACCAACGUUCCACUUUUAGUAUUGAUUGAAGCUGCAAAGAAUGGAAAUGAGAAAGAAGUUAAGGAGUAUGCCCAGGUUUUCCGUGAACAUGCCAACAAAUUGAUUGAGGUGGCCAACCUGGCCUGUUCCAUCUCAAACAAUGAAGAAGGGGUGAAGCUUGUCCGAAUGUCUGCAAGCCAGUUAGAAGCCCUUUGUCCUCAGGUUAUCAAUGCUGCCCUGGCUUUGGCAGCAAAACCACAGAGUAAACUAGCCCAAGAGAACAUGGAUCUUUUUAAAGAACAGUGGGAAAAACAAGUCCGUGUUCUCACAGAUGCUGUCGACGACAUUACUUCCAUUGAUGACUUCUUGGCUGUCUCAGAGAAUCACAUUUUGGAAGAUGUGAACAAAUGCGUCAUUGCUCUCCAAGAGAAAGAUGUGGAUGGGCUGGACCGCACAGCUGGUGCAAUUCGAGGCCGGGCAGCCCGGGUCAUUCACGUAGUCACCUCAGAGAUGGACAACUAUGAGCCGGGGGUCUACACGGAGAAGGUGCUGGAAGCCACCAAGCUGCUUUCCAACACGGUCAUGCCCCGGUUUACGGAGCAAGUGGAGGCGGCUGUGGAGGCCCUCAGCUCAGACCCCGCCCAGCCCAUGGACGAGAAUGAGUUUAUCGAUGCCUCUCGCCUGGUGUACGACGGCAUCCGGGACAUCAGGAAAGCAGUGUUGAUGAUAAGGACUCCUGAGGAGCUGGACGACUCUGACUUUGAGACAGAAGAUUUUGAUGUCAGAAGUAGAACAAGCGUCCAGACGGAAGAUGAUCAGCUGAUUGCUGGCCAAAGUGCCCGGGCAAUCAUGGCUCAGCUUCCCCAGGAACAAAAAGCAAAGAUUGCGGAACAGGUAGCCAGCUUCCAGGAAGAGAAGAGCAAGCUAGAUGCUGAAGUGUCCAAAUGGGACGACAGUGGCAAUGACAUCAUUGUGCUGGCCAAGCAGAUGUGCAUGAUUAUGAUGGAGAUGACUGAUUUCACACGAGGUAAAGGACCGCUCAAAAAUACAUCAGACGUGAUCAGUGCAGCCAAGAAAAUUGCUGAGGCAGGAUCCAGGAUGGAUAAGCUUGGCCGCACCAUUGCAGACCACUGCCCGGAUUCGGCCUGCAAGCAGGACCUGCUGGCCUACCUGCAGCGCAUCGCCCUCUACUGCCACCAGCUCAACAUCUGCAGCAAAGUCAAGGCCGAGGUGCAGAACCUCGGCGGGGAGCUCGUUGUCUCUGGGGUGGAUAGCGCCAUGUCCCUGAUCCAGGCAGCCAAGAACCUGAUGAAUGCUGUGGUGCAGACUGUGAAGGCAUCCUACGUGGCCUCUACCAAAUACCAGAAGUCUCAGGGUAUGGCUUCCCUCAACCUCCCUGCCGUGUCAUGGAAGAUGAAGGCACCUGAGAAAAAGCCCUUAGUGAAGAGAGAGAAACAGGAUGAGACACAGACCAAGAUUAAACGGGCAUCGCAGAAGAAGCACGUGAACCCUGUGCAGGCCCUCAGCGAGUUCAAAGCCAUGGACAGCAUCUGAGUCUGCCCCAGCCAGCUGCCCCCCUCGGAGCUCCUAAAGCUCAGCCACUGCUCUUCACUCAAAUGUAUUUGCUAAAUAGAACACUGACGUUAGAUUCCACAGGGCAAUAGGCAGAUUUGAAACGCGGCCAGGUGGUGAAUUUUGCAAGACGACAUGUUUGUGUUUAAGUUGGUCAAAAUUGCUUUCAGAAUUCAGGAACAUAUUUCUAGCUGUAUUUUUUUAAUAAGCUUAAACAAAAGAAAAAUUCCAUAACCAAAGAGAGUCCCACAUUAGCUUGUUAGUAACACCUCUGGCCAAGCCGUGACGCUCACCGUCUCAGUGGCAGCGUCAGGGCACUUUGGCUGGUAUUCAGUGAGCAAGGAUGACCCAUAGUAAGCAACCUGGGCAUCGUAGGAGGCAGCCCUGGGAGAAGAAACAUUCCCAGAAAGGUCUUCAGGGGGACAAACUAUACAAAACUCAGUAAAAUGUAAUGUAUCACGGAUGAAACUGAUUAUUCUCUUUAUGUCAUAAAAUGAAAAUUUUAAUGCAUGGUUAAAAUUACUAAUGUACUUUGCUGCAGGACAUUAAUAAAGUUGCUUUUUUUCAGACUAGAAUGUUGUGAUGCUAUAAUCAGAACAUGCUUUUUCCCCCUUCCAGCUUCAAAUGCAAAUUUAUCAUUGGGCAUAUUUCAAAUAAUUGCAAUGUUUCCUGCCUUGGGCUUGCAACAGAAACCUGACAAAAUAGUGUUUGCUUGGGCAGUGAUUUAGACUUUACCUUAUUUGUGAUUACUAAGUGAUUACUAUAGCUGCAAGGUAUAAUUUUACUGUCUUAUUUAAAUUUUAUGAAUUUAAAUGUUUUUUACACUAACAUUUCCCAAUAAAGUCCACUAUGAAACCAA